AUGGAUCCCUUGUUUUGGCCAUCAGAAACUAACAGCUUUCGACGUUUCACCCCUGAGUCCUUGGCAGCAAUUGAGGAAAGAAUCGCUAACAAAAAAAAGCAGCAAGCCAAAGUUAAUGGAGAGAGUAAGGACCAAGGAGUUGAAGAAGAUAAACUUACUCCUCAGCUUGAUCUGAAAACCUGCAAAAAACUGCCAUCUUUGUAUGGGGAUCUUCCUGUGGAGCUGAUUGGGGAACCCCUGGAAGAUUUUGAUCCAUACUACAGUGAUCACAAGACUUUUAUGGUGAUAAAUAACAGGAGGACUAUUUUCCGGUUUACUGCCACACCUGCCUUGUGUAUAGUUGGUCCUUUUAAUCCAGUCAGAAAAGCAGCAAUUAAAAUUCUGGUCCAUUCAUUAUUUGUUGGCUUUAUUACGUGUACUGUGAUACUCAAUUGUGCUUCCAUGGCUGUAAAUAAGCUUCCAGAAGGACUCAGCUGGACCGAAUAUCUUUUUACUGGCAUAUAUACUGGUGAAACAUUGAUAAAAAUAUUAGCAAGAGGAUUUGUUUGGAAUGAAUUUACCUUUCUUCGAGAUCCAUGGAACUGCUUGGAUCUUUUUGUUAUUGUCAUAACGUAUGUUUCUAUGUGUAAAAGUGUGGGCAAGUUUUCAGCUCUUCGAACUUUCAGAGUACUGAGGACUUUGAAAGCUAUUUCAGUAAUACCAGGUCUGAAAGUCAUUGUAAAUUCACUUAUUGAUUCUGUUAAGAAACUUACUGAUGUCUUGAUCCUGACUGUUUUUUGCUUGAGUAUAUUUGCUCUAAUAGGCCUCCAGCUUUUUAUGGGCAAUUUAACAUCCAAAUGUGUCCUCAAUAAUACUAUAUACAAUGACACAUUAUGUAAGGAUGCCAAGACAUAUGUACCAAAUGAUGAAGGUAAAUUUUAUACUUUUCUCCCUUUACAUAAUCUACUAUGUUGAUAAACUACUGAUGUUUUGGAGUGCCCAGAAAACUAUAGCUGUAAGAAGAUUGGGAAGAAUCCUGACUUUGGUUAUACAAGUUUUGAUCAUUUUGGCUGGGCCUUCCUUUCUUUAUUCCGUCUGAUGACACAGGAUUACUGGGAGCGUCUCUACAGACAAACUAUCCGUACAUCUGGGAAGAACUCCAUUUUAUUUUUCCUGGGGGUCAUAUUUUUAUGCUCAUUUUAUCUCUUCAAUCUGAUCUUGGCUGUAGUAACUAUGGCCUAUGAAGAGCAAAAUAGAGCUACUCUUGCUGAGACAGAGGCAAAGGAAAAAUUACUUCAGGAUGCAAAACAAAUUCUAGAGAAAGAACAGGGUUUAAACUACAUUGCUGUGCUUGCUAACAGAUGCCUCUACACUAUCUGCGUGAAGAAUUCGAGGACCCAGCUCCAGAGGCAGAUACUGCUGUCCUAUGAAUUGUCAGUGGAGUCUAUUAAUGAUCCUUUUCGAAGACAAAGGUUAAUGAGUGCAGCCACAGUUAUUACAGAUAAUUUGCAGGAACUGCAAGAAUCAAAACUGAAAUGCCCUUCAUUGUGGAAACGUUUUGCUCAAAAAUAUCUAAUUUGGAAUUGUUGUCCAUUCUGGAGAGUAGUCAAAGAGAAGGUGAAAUUGGUAAUUUUGGAUCCAUUUGUUGAUCUCUUAAUCAUGGUUUGCAUUAUCGUGAAUACCUUAUUCAUGGCUCUGGAGCACCCUGACAUGCCACAAAAUUGCCAAAAAAUGAUUUUUAUAAGUGACAAGGUUUUCACCCUGAUUUUUACAGCAGAAAUGAUCUUGAAAAUCAUCGCUCUAGAUCCUUAUAACUAUUUUCAGCAAAAAUGGAAUAUUUUUGAUAGCAUAGUUGUUAUGAUUGGCCUAAUAAGCUUUAAAGAAAAUCUGUCAUUUUUCAGGCUGCUCAGGAUCUUCAAAUUGGCAAAGUCCUGGCCAGCCUUAAAUACUCUUAUGAAAAUAAUUCUAAAUUCAGUUGGUGCUCUGGGUAACCUCACUCUGGUUUUGAUUAUCACUGUAUUUAUUUUUGCUGUAGUAGGAAAGCAGGUUUUGGGCCAUCAUUAUGAGAAUAAUUACUGUAAAAUAAACACCGAUAGGAAUUUACGCUGGCAUAUGAAGGAUUUUUGUCAUUCAUUCCUGAUUAUAUUCCGAAUAUUAUGUGGAGAAUGGAUUGAAACCAUGUGGGAAUGUAUGGAAGUGGCUGGAAAAGGGCUAUGUCUUCCCAUUUUCUUGCUAGUCCUGGUGAUAGGAAACCUGGUGGUGCUCAACCUAUUCAUUGCCUUGCUACUGAGUUCGUUCAGUACUGACUCCUCAACGGGACAAGAGGAAACAGGACAAAUGACUAAAUGUCAGAUUGCCAUUGCACGGAUUCACAAGGGCCUGCAGUCUGUGAAAGACAGAAUUUUGGAUCGUUGCGGCAAAAGAAUGAAACGAAACUUCAAAACAACAGCCAAAAAGAAAACUUUGGUGAAAAUUUCUGCCACAGACAUAGAGGAGAAUAACUAUGCCAUGACAGAUGUCAGAAAGAAUAUAAAGAACAAUUGCUUUGACAUUGGGUAUUAUAACACUGAAGAGAGUUCCUCAACAACAAGGAAAUAUGAAGAAUUUUUAACCAGUCGUAGUACCUGUGUUCCCAUUGCAGUAGCAGAGACGUACACCGAUGAAGCUGAUGAUAGUUACAGCGUAUGCACAGAAACACAAUACAGAAAACAGGGAGACAGAUUAAGACAUAGAGAACAGUGCCGGAGUUCAAGUGGCUUCAGUCAGAUUUCUGGGACUUCUGAAACUCUAAGUGAUUUUUCAGGAACACUCCAAAAGAAAGAGCAAAAAGAGGUUGUGUUGAAUGUUUCCCAUGUUGUGAAGUGGAUAUCACUAAGUUUCCAGGCAGAAUUUGGUGGAAAUUUAGAAAAACCUGCUACAGAAUUGUUAAACAUAGCUG